AUGCUCGGCAUAGGAAAUGCAAAAAUCCUCAACCAAGAUACGCACAAUGACCUCCUGACUGAGACUAAGAUGACCUCGUAUCAAUACACGAUUGCGCUUAUGGUGUUCCUCAUUGCUUAUGCGCUGUUCGAAGUCCCUUCAAACUACUUUUUGAAGAAGCUUAGGCCGAGUAGGUGGAUUGCGUUUCUGAUGCUGUCAUGGGGCGCGUGCACAAUGGGCUUGGGAGGAACCCAUAACUUCGCUCAGGUCACCGGCCUGCGUUUCCUGCUAGGAGUAAUGGAAGCGGGACUCUUCCCUGGCCUGGUCUACUACCUGACCUUCUGGUAUCGACACUCCGAGCGCUCCAUGCGCGUGGCCUUGAUCCUCGCAUCCGCUACCUUAGCCGGCGCCUUUGGCGGUGCAGUCGCAUACGGCGUGGGCCACAUGAAUCAGGCCCAUGGACUGUCAGCAUGGCGAUGGCUAUUCAUCAUCGAGGGAGCGCCCUCGUGCGCUUCAGCCGUUCUAGUCUGGUUCUUCCUUCCCGAUUACCCCGAAUCAGCUCAUUGGCUCACACAAGAAGAGCGAGACCUCGCCGCUCAACGACUGCGAACCGAAGGCUCCAAGGGAGAAGCCAAAGCGAUGACUUGGGAGGAUGCCAAAGCCGUGUUAACAGAUUGGCGUCUCUACGCACACUAUGCCGUCUACUUCGGCAUAUCCGCCCCGUUUUCCAGUCUUUCUCUCUUUACGCCCACAAUCACCAGCGGUCUCGGGUAUACCAACCUACGCGCACAGCUCAUGACAGUGCCCCCAUGGGCCGUAGCCUAUGUCGUGACAACCGCCGCAGCCUGGUCCGCAGAUCAUUUCAACAGCCGUGGCCUCCAUUCCGCCCUCUUCUCCUUCAUCGGCGCCAUGGGCUUCCUAGCAUCCGCAGUCCUCCCAGCAGACGCUUACUUACACCGCUACGGCUGCCUCAUCGUCGCUACCAGCGGCGCCUUCGCCUGCAUUCCCCCGCUCCUGGGCUGGCUCUCCUCCAACCUCCGCUCCACGGCAGGCACCGGACUAGCAAUAGCCCUGAACGUGUCCUUCGGCGCCCCGGGCCAAAUUGUUGGCGUGUGGAUUUACAAAGCCAACGAAGCGAAGAGGGGUUACCCGACAGGCCACUGGACCAAUGCUGGGUUACUCCUGUUUGUUUGUGCGGGGUGCAUCAUGCUCCGAUGCUAUUACGGGUGGUUGAACCGUAGAGACAGAGCAAGCGGAAGAAGACUUGCUUAUUGA